AACGAAGCCAGCUGGAAACAGCAGAAGUUGAUUUUAAUGACAGCAAUUGCAAAAUUGUAAGCAGAUUUUGGAUUUGCCCAACCACAAAGCCUUUCCGGAGAUAACUAUCAAAGUGGCGAACCUAUUUAGUACAGCAAGCAAAGUCAUCAUGAAAGCCACAACCCAAUCGCAAAAGUUGUCAAAGCUGCGCGAGCUGAUGCAAACUGCCUGUGCCCCCGAGGCGACCGUAAUCAGUGCGUAUGUGGUACCAUCGGAUGAUGCACAUCAGAGCGAAUACAUUUGUCCGCAUGAUGAGAGGCGUGCAUUCAUCAGCGGCUUUACAGGAUCGGCGGGCACGGCGGUUGUCACCAAUGACAAGGCGCUUUUGUGGACAGACGGACGCUAUUAUCAGCAGGCAGAGAAGGAAUUGGACGAUAAUUGGACCCUGAUGAAGGAUGGACUGGCGACAACGCCAUCGAUUGGGGCAUGGCUUGGCAAGAAUCUGCCCAAUGGCAGCACUAUCGGCGUUGAUCCAUCCCUCUUCUCAUUUCGUGCAGCGAAAGCGAUCAAAAAAGAGCUGACUGCAGCCAAUUGCAAUUUAAUUGGCAUCGAAAGGAAUCUUAUCGAUGAGGUUUGGGGCGUGGAUCAACCGGCCCGUACAUCCAAUAACAUCAUUGCAUUAAAAUUGAACUUUGCCGGCGAGACAAUAUUGAAGAAAUGGGAACGCGUCCGUCAGCAAAUGGAGCUGCAAAAUGUUAGUGCUCUGAUCGUUAGUUCGUUGGAUGAGAUCGCAUGGUUUUUGAAUAUGCGUGGCACCGACAUCGAUUAUAACCCAGUCUUUUUUGCAUUUAUGAUCGUUACAAAUAAUCAAAUCGUAUUGUUUGUCGAUGCCAGCAAGCUGCCGGACAACUUUGACGAGCAUCAGUCUGCGAAUAAUGUGAAAAUAUCGAUUCUUCCAUAUGAAACGAUUGGUGAUGGCAUUUGCCAAACUGUUGCCGAAUCCAAGUCCAAAAUUUGGAUUUCUCCCACCAGCAGCCUGUAUUUAAAUGAUCUGGUGCCAAAAUCAACUCGUCAUCAAGAAAUCACACCGAUCACACUAUUCAAAGCCAUCAAAAAUAGCACAGAAAUUAUGGGAUUUGUGAAUAGUCACAUUCGGGAUGGGGUCGCCUUGUGUGAGUACUAUGCCUGGCUGGAAGAUGCUGUGGCAAGGGGCGAGCAAGUUGAUGAAAUAUCGGGAGCUGACAAGCUGGAAUCAUUUCGUAAAACUAAAGACAAUUAUAUGGGGCUGAGUUUUCCCACGAUUAGUUCAUCGGGUCCCAACGGCUCGGUUAUACACUAUCAUCCUGAGCAGGCAACGAAUCGACCCAUAAAUAACAAGGAAGUCUAUUUGUGUGACUCGGGUGCUCAGUAUAUGGAUGGUACAACGGACGUGACGCGUACUUUUCACUUUGGUAAUCCCACGGAUUUUCAAAAGGAGACCUAUACGCGUGUUCUUAAGGGCCAAUUGGCAUUGGGCGCGACGGUUUUCCCGACAAAGACCAAGGGUCAGGUGCUCGAUGUGCUGGCACGCAAGUCCCUGUGGGAUAUCGGCUUGGACUAUGGCCAUGGAACUGGGCAUGGUGUUGGCCAUUUCUUGAAUGUACACGAGGGUCCAAUGGGCGUUGGUUUUCGUCCCAUGCCCGACGAUCCGGGUCUGCAGGAGAAUAUGUUCAUUUCGAAUGAGCCAGGUUUCUAUAAAGACGGUGAGUUUGGCAUACGCAUCGAGGACAUUGUACAAAUUGUCCCGGCCCAAGUUAAGCACAAUUUUGCAAAUCGUGGCGCACUCACUUUCAAAACGAUCACCAUGUGCCCGAAACAAACGAAAAUGAUUAUCAAAGAGCUGCUAACCGAAGAUGAGAUCAAAUUGUUAAACGACUAUCAUCAGUUUGUUUGGGAAACUCUUUCGCCAUUGUUAUCGCAGGACUCAUUCACUUUGGCUUGGCUUAAAAAGGAAACCAAAGCCAUUUAGUUAUUAUCAUUUUGAUUACAUUCGAUACAGUUUUUUUUCUUUCUUAAUAGCUGUACGACUUUUACCCAAUAAACUGCAUUAUAUAUAUCCUUAAA